AUGCUCGUGGGCCACUUGGCCAGGACGAAGGAUGUGGAGGUGGAAGUGGAGCGAGCUGUUGUGGUUAAAAUAGCGAACCUGUCUAACGGACUUUCGGCCAGUCCCGCGGGACUGGGAUUCGUGGGCAUCCUGCCCUGCUCGCUCCAGUGGCAGCCGCCUGGAAAGGCGCCCAAGCUGCUAGGCUACUCCUCCGCAGCUCGAUCAAUUAGCCAGCCGUAUGCAAUGCCCGCCUCCGGCAACAAUUGUUGCAGCAACAGCAACAACGGAUGCUGCCUGGAUUGCCGUUGCUGCAAGCAGGGAUACGAGCAUUUACCUGUGCCGCGGUUGCUCCACCAACAGCCACCCCCUCCGCUUAACCAAAAUCCGCAGCAGCAGGGACACCAGCAAGUCAGCUGCAUCACCACCCUGCAGCAAACAACUACCACGCAGCAAUUGCAGCAGCUUUCACCUACAGCAUCCUCCAAUCCGAACUUCUCAAUUGGCAAUUGCCUGAUGCCGGCAACUACAACAUCCACCACUUAUGUGAGCAGUAUUGGGCCGGAAAACCCGCUGCUCGCAAUGCAACAUUGCCAUUCCCAUUCGCAUUCACAUUGUAAUGCGCCGAGCAGCAACCUGCAACCCUGCAGCAAGACCACCAGCAACAUGCAGCAGGCCUGCAGCAACAGCAGCACCAGCAACACGCUACCUGCAAUCUACAACAAUGCUCCAACUCAGCCGAUGAUCCUUGUGCCCUUCAUGUUGCCCAUGCAGCAGCAACACCACCAGCAGCAGCAUCAACAUUUGCAGUUGCAACCUCCUCUGCCGCCGCCGGAGGAUUGCAAGCCCUUGUUGCCCGCCAAGAGCGUUCCUCCCCCGCCUCAGCCGCCGCCCCUGCUCACCCACUUUCAGCCGCUGCUGCAGCCUCCCCCGCUGCCCCCUUCGCCUACGAUGCCUCAGCCGCCUGUUGCCUGUCCGCUGCCCAGCAGACCACCUGCCACGCCCCCGAUACCUGGGAUCCACAGCGUUCAGAGCCUCAAAUCCGCGGCUGCAUCGGCCCUUAGUGUUUACCAGCGGUCCGUCUGUCCGUCCGCUUUCCAUAUCCAAUACAUCCAGAAAAUACUCACGUGA